CACUCAAUUCGGCUCCUCUGCUUCUUCAUCAUCCUCUUCUUUCCUUUUAAACGACGACGUUUUUACAGGUUCAUUUUUCUUUUGACUUUCCUUUAUUUCUUUGUUUGAAAAGUCAACUUCUUCUUCUUCUUCUUUAUUUAUUAUAUUAGCUAAAUUAAAUAGUCAAACUAAUGGGUGUAUAUGUUUUGACUUUUCUCCAUUGUUUGUUAAUUUAACUGUGAAUUCUUAUUUUCAUUUUCUCCAAGACUUGUUGGGGUUUUUCUUCAACGAUGAGGAGUUUCAGUUCACUAAUUUUUGUUGUUGUUGUGUUUAUUAUUGUUUUAAAUGGUAGAAGAAGGUGUUUGGGUAUGGAGAAAAUGGACAGAAAUGGUUGUGAUUUGGGUAAUAAUAAUAAUAAUAAUGAGGAAAUGAGCCUUGAUGCGGUGAGAGAAUCGUUGAUUAGACAAGAAGAUACAAUCGUAUUUAGUUUGAUUGAAAGAGCGAAGUUUCCGAUGAAUUCACCAACUUACCAACAAUCCAAACCCUGCGUUGGAUUUUGUGGUUCUUUGAUUCGUUUCUUUGUCAGUGAAACCGAAUCUCUCCAGGCUAAGGCUGGUAGGUAUCAAAAUCCUGAAGAACAUGCCUUCUUUCCUGAUCAUUUACCGCCUUCAUUGGCGCCACCGCAUACCUUUCCACCGGUGUUGCAUCCUGCUGCUGCUUCAAUCAAUGUAAACAGCAAAAUUUGGGAUAUAUAUUUCAAGCAAUUGCUUCCUUUGUUUACUGUACCGGGUGAUGAUGGAAACUAUGCAUCAACUGCCUCUAGUGACCUCAAUUGCUUACAGGCCAUCUCUAGAAGGAUUCAUUAUGGAAAUUUUGUGGCUGAGGUGAAAUUCAGGGAUGCCCCACAUGAAUAUGAACCAGCAAUUCGUGCUCAGGAUAGGGAUGCUCUGAUGAAGUUGUUGACAUUUGAAGCUGUAGAAGAGAUGGUGAAGAAGAGAGUUGAGAAGAAGGCAAUGAUAUUUGGGCAGGAAGUAAGCCUUGACACUACCAACAGCACUGAAAGCAAAGGAAAAUGUAAGAUUGAUCCAUUGUUGGUUUCUCGUCUUUACGAUGAAUGGAUAAUGCCUCUCACUAAAUUUGUUCAAGUUGAAUACCUUCUCCGUCGCCUUGAUUAGAAGUUUAUAACUUAUUUUUAAUCUUCACUUAAUCAUGUUAUCAACCAAAUUGUGUUUUUCUUGUUAAUCUUUACUCUUCAGCAAAGGAUUUUAUGAUGGUGAUUCUAUUUUUCUUAUCAAAGAUAAAAGUAAAAUCAAUUGAGAAGC